AUGGCACCCAAAAAGAAAACCUCCAAGAAGCCCAAGGUGGAUAAAGAGGAUGCAUCCAUGACCCCGGUGAUGGUGGAAGAUGCUUUGCUAGACGUCGAACACCUCAAUCACCUGAAUAGUUUGUACGACAGCGGCUCCAACGGCUUCCACUGCACGGCCACAGAGGUUGAAGCGCCAGACCAUGGAGCCAGCCUUCUGGAGGGGAUGAACCAGAUGCGCCAGAAGCGGUUCCUCUGCGAUCUCACCAUUGCCACCAAAACCAAGUCCUUCGAGGUGCAUAAACUCGUCCUGGCUUCCUGCAGCGAGUACUUCCACCGCCUGCUGCAGAGAGACCCUCAGCUGCACCAGGUGGAGCUCUGCGACGUGUCCCCGCUGGGCCUGACCACCAUCAUCACCUACGCCUACACGGGGAAGCUGAGCCUCUCGCUCUACACCAUCGGCAGCACCAUCGCCGCGGCCACGCAGCUGCGAAGCGACUUCCUUGUUCGGGAGAUUGCUGUGGAGAACUGCGUGUACAUCGCUAACAUCUCGUCCACGUACGGCCUCAACCAGGUGAAAGACGCCACCCGGAAAUUUAUCCGGGAAAACUUUCUGGAGUUCUCCAAGACCGACCAGUUCAUGAAACUCCCCUUUGACCAGAUCAAUGAGCUGCUGAUGGAUGAUGGCCUGCAGAUACCCAGUGAGGUUGCAGCUUUCCAGAUCGCUGUCAAGUGGCUGGAGUUUGACCCAAAACGGGUUCGAUACGCUGCUGACCUCCUGAGCAACAUCCGGUUUGGCACAAUCUCGGCUCCAGACCUGGUCAACCACGUGCAACCCGUGCCACGCAUGAUGCAAGAUCCGCAGUGCCACAAGCUCCUCGUGGAUGCUAUGAAUUACCACCUACUCCCCCACCAACAGAACAGUCUUCAGUCUCGGAGAACCAGGAUACGGGGAGGCCAGAGGGUACUUGUCACAGUUGGGGGUCGUCCAGCAUUGACUGAGAAAGCUCUUAGCAGGGAGAUCAGCUACAGGGACGCAGAGGGAAACUGGAACAAGCUGACAGAGAUGCCAGCGAAGAGUUUUAACCAGUGCGUGGUGGUGAUGGAUGGGUUCAUCUACAUCGCGGGUGGUGAAGACCAGAACGAUGCCAGGAACCAGGCCAAGCAUGCAGUCAAUAGCCUGAGCAGGUAUGACCCGCGCUUCAACACCUGGCUGCACCUGGCCAGCAUGCAGCACAGAAGGACACACUUCAGCCUCAGCGCCUGCAACGGGCUCCUCUACGCCGUCGGAGGGCGCAACGCUGAGGGCACGUUAACGUCUGUCGAGUGCUACAUCCCCACCACCAACAGUUGGCAGAGCGUGGCAAACCUGGAGACGCCGCGCUGCUGCCACGCCACCACCCUCCUCAACGGCAAGCUGCUGGUAACCGGCGGCUACAUCAACCAUGCCUAUUCCCGCACUGUGUGCUGAUACGAGCCCAACGCCGAUGCCUGGAGGGAGAAGGCUAUGCUCGGCACCCCCCGGGGCUGGCACUGCGCAGCCACUGUGGCCGACCGAGCGUAUGUGCUAGGGGGGAGCCAGCUGGGUCCCCAGGGCGAGCGGGUGGACGUGAUGUCUGUGGAGUGCUACAGCCCGGUAACGGGGCAGUGGAGUUACAUGGCACCCCUGCCCACGGGGGUCAGCACGGCCGGGGUGGCUCUGCUGGAGGGGCGUUUGUGCCUGGUGGGUGGCUGGAACGAGUGUGGGAGGAAGUAUCAGAAGUGUGUGCAGUGCUACAAUCCUGACCUCAAUGAGUGGGACGAGGAUGAGGACCUCCCCGAGGCCACCGUGGGGGUCUCGUGCUGCACUAUCAUCCUCCCACGCUCCCCGAGCUCCAGGUCACGGGCCAGCUCUGUGGCCUCGGCAGCAGCCAGCACAUAA